AUCACACGUACACACAAACACGUAGUAGGCGGAGAAAGAUGCCACACGCGCACACACACGCACACGCGUUGGAGGGAACCCCAUCAGCUGUGUACAGCUACAACUUUUGUUUUUUCUCAACCCCUUUCUUCACUUCACCGCACGUCUGCGCGUGGGAGGGAGAGAAGGGCAAAACACGCGUUUCAAGGGGUGGCUUUGAAAGCAUGGAAUAUUUCAUGAUGCCGACAGAGAAGAUACCAAACCUCCAGCAGUUCAAGAAGACGGAGAAGGAUGUUAUCGGGGGACUGUGCAGCCUGGCCAACAUCCCCUUUAGUCCAGAGACGGCCCAGGACCAGGAGAGGCGAAUCCGACGCGAAAUCGCCAACAGCAACGAGCGGAGACGCAUGCAGAGCAUCAAUGCGGGCUUCCAAUCCCUUAAAACCCUCCUGCCUCACACAGAUGGGGAGAAACUCAGCAAGGCAGCCAUCUUGCAACAGACAGCAGAUUACAUCUUCACCCUAGAGCAGGAAAAGACACAGCUUCUUUCACAGAACAACCAGCUCAAACGCUUCAUACAGGAGUUCAGUGGUUCUUCGCCAAAGAGGAGGCGAGCAGAGGAGAAGGAUGAAGGCAUUGGAUCUCCUGACACUCUAGAUGAGGAGAAGGUGGAGGAACUGAGGCGGGAAAUGCUCGAGUUGCGCCAGCAGCUGGACCGGGAACGCUCUGCUCGCAUACAGCUGGAGGAGCAGGUACGCUCUCUGGACACCCAGGGGCACCCAGAUCAUCUCAAGGUGAUCACCCAGCAGGUGGAGGAGGAGCAUGCACAGUUCCAGAGCCAGACGUUGUUACGGCUGCAGCAGAUCCAAGCUGCAGACAGACCACCUCACAGUCCGAAGGUGAUGGCCUCUCCAACUCCCCUCGCAUCAACCCACCACCCGACAGUCAUCGUGCCAGCGCCAACACUAAUCCAGCAACCCCAUCACCAUGUCACCGUGGUAACCAUGAGCUCGUCUGUCCACAACAGCACUGUGUCCACGUCAAGACAAAACCUGGACACCAUUGUACAGCAAUUCCAUCACAUCGAGCGCACUCAGGAGAGGAGAGCGAGCGCAGAGGAGGAGCAGAGACGGGCUGUCAUUGUAAGCCCCACCCACGUCGCUAUGGACACCGCCUGCUCGGACACAGACACAGAUACGGAGGGAGAGGACUGUUCAAUGAACUGAUCGUGCCGUGAACUCAAACACCAUCUCACUGUAAGAUUCCAUCCAGAAGCUUGACUACUUAAAAAAAAAUCUCUCCAGGCGCCGACUUCCUGUAGUGAAGCGCUUCUCUUUUGUCGCUCUCAUAGUGUAAAUUGUCCGACUGAAAACUAGGAGUGGUCAGCGUGCAGAGGAGGCCUGAGUGGGGCUUCUUGAGGCUGCUGCUUAUCAGUCCGUCCUCCCAGUUGUUUUUCCAUUGCCAGGCGCUGACGAUAUUAUUUGUGCUGCAAAUUGACAUUUUUACUAUAAUAGUGAAUUGAAUGUAACAUGAUAAGCAGCAGCUUGCAACUUUCUGAUUAAGAACAGGGAACUUAAGCGUUGCAAUUAUUUUCUUCUCCGUCUUGUUUUUCUAAAUAAGACUGGUCACACAUACUUAAUUUCAGGAUUGAUACUAAAUGAAAAUGUCAGAUUUUACUUGAAUAAAUAUAGUUACAAUAUCAGCUUAAGCCCUUAAAAUAGAUAUUGAAGAAUAUAAGCUAUUGAACAAUUGACAGUCUGUUUUUGGAAAUAUACCCUGUCAGGGUUACACAACUGCUUUUUUGUGAGAUUAAUUUAAAAAUUGGAUGCUUAUUAGGUUUGAAAAUUAACAGGUCGUCUUGAGAUCCAAGAUUUGAGCCACCCAAAGUGCACCUGCUGACUUAAGGCGAGAACUAAAUGUUGGUUCACCAGUGUUCUGGUAACGUCUGGUAUCCUUUCUCAAUCAACUUGACUGAUUUCAACAGUCUCUUUUUUAAUGAAAACUGAAAAUGUGAUGUAAUCUCAAAACACAUUAGUCUGCAUGAUGAUUUCAUGUUUUCCACCAAAGACUUUCAGUCACAAUUUCUGAUUUUGGUUUGUUGUUUUCAGUGACUAUGCACUUGAAUGUUUGCUAUUUAUGCAAUUGCAUUUUCAAUCCAUUUGAACAUGAGGUGAAGAUUUCGAUGCACCACUAAUAGGUGUGUACGUCACACAUACAGUACACUUGUGACGCGCUUGUAUCAAAGAAUAUCAUUAUUGUUCUUACGAGGUGCUGUUUGCCAACAUGGUGCUCUGCUGACUGGCACUAAGCUGAACAAUUUCAAACAUGGCAAAAGUAAUUUCCACAUAAUGGAAUUAGUUUUGUUUGCUUGUGCUGGAAAAUAAAUUAAGGGUCAAAUGUUGUAAAAUACACCAUGAUCAGUCAUGAUCAAAAUUUAAAAAACACAAUAGUCCAAAAUUAGCACUGGCCAAAUCUCAGAAUCGCCUCAUGUUGUGACGCUCAUCUUGUCUGGAUGUUUUAAACUGGAACUCUGUUUCUAUUUCCAAACACAAUUUACUGUAAACAUUCCAUGUUUGGGGUUGUCCUUUCAUCUCGCCAUUUCUGUUGCAGACUGAAUGCAUGUUACUAAAGUGUUGUGUAUUGUGUAACACAGGCAUUUUCGUUUUGUUUUGACAAACGAACGUGAAAAGGGUUUAGUAUGUAUGUGUGGAUGUUGUCGCUCACAAUCUGACAUCCGUGUUCCAUCUGGUUAGCUAGUUUGUUCCAUGCAAUGUGAGGAGUAAAGGGGGUUGUUGAUAGUGUCAAGGAAGGAUUGGUGGAAUUAUGUCAAAUGUGAGGCUGCAGCCUAAAGUCAAACUGGACUUUCAGUGGGUGGAACUCAGAGGAACACUUUUCACUAAUAAGGUCUGUACAGUACAUAGAAUUUCAGCACUGAUGGCUUUCAGUGAAUUUUGAGCUAUUUGGUUUAAAGCACUUGCUGUCCUCUACUGCCUGAGGCCAUGAUGAGGAAGUUCCUUUGUUUUUUUUUUUGUUUUUUGUUUUUUUAAAUUACGCUCUUUACUAUGUCACCAUUUUUGUUCAAUGUGAUCUGAUUUUCCAUCCAUCCAUUUUCCGAACUGCUUUUCUCUCUCUAUUUUAAAUGUUUUGGUGUUGUAUAUUUUUGUCUCUUUUUUUAGUCCAUGUCAAUGAGAAGCUGUUAUAUUUUUGUUUAAAAAAAUUGGGUAAAGUCCUUUGUAAAGAAUAAAAAAUA